AUGCCCAAAUAUAACCCAUUUGAGUUUCAAAAUAGCAUAGGAUUUAGUAAUAGAGCAUUAGAACUGAUAGUGAGUUCAUAUCCGAAUCUGAAGUAUCUCAAUCUGUGUAGUGAUCAGGCAGCUAGUUUUAGGAGCUUAUAUGUUCAAGAAAUGGAUGAUGGAGAUCUAUGGAGAAUUGCACAGUCAUGCCAUAAAUUAGAAUAUUUAAAUAUUGCCUUUCGUACAGAGAUUAAUGAAUUUGUG